CCGGCCGCGCCCAGCCCCGCCCCGCGAGUUGUCACCAGUCGCGCCGCGCCGACACACGUUCCGUUCCGUUCCGCCGCGCGUUAAAAAACCACCCGAGAAGCGUUCGACCAUGUCCGCGUCCGAGAGUCAGGAGGACGUCAUCAAGGCGCUCAAGGAGCAGCAACAGCAGCAGCACGACGACGACGGCGCCCACGUGAAUGGCGUGGCCGUCAACGGCAAUGGGCACGCCGAUGGUCACCACAACGGCGACCUGGACGAGCUCGAUGGCGGUAGUCACAGUAAGCCAAAGGAGGACCUCGCUCCAGGCGAUGCCACCCCGAGCGAGCCGGAGGACGAGAAGGAAGAGCACAGGCCGGCCGACCACCAACACGAGGAUGGCGUCAAGGAAGUGGAAGUGGCCGAACACAAGGAGGAGACCACACCUGCACCAGAACACCAGGACGAGGCUCCCGUGGCCGCUAAGCGCAACGUGGAGGAGAAGGAGGUUGUCGCCCCCGCGACCCACGAGGACGUCAAGGAGGAAGAGGUCCACAACGCGUCCCACAGUGACCUGAAGGAGGAGGAGACCCACUCCGCUUCUCACAGUGACGUGAAGGAGGAGGCCCACCAAGACCACAAAAAGGACGACGAUCACCAAGUCCAUGAGAAGGUCGAGGUGUGCUCUGUUGAGCACAAGGAGGAGAAGGAGGAAAAGGUGGAGAUCCCCGUGGAGCAGAGGGAGAGGUUCGCCCAUGUGGAUGCGGAUGAGACCGGCGACACACCCGUGAGGGAACUGCGGGAGAAGUAUUUCAACAAGCGGCAGUCCAGCCUGGAGAUGAAGAAGGAGGUGGAGUCGCAGUCCAGGCCCCUCAUCAACAAGGCCGCCAUGAGCACGAGCGUGGACGAGAAGUCGGUCCGGGAGGCUUACGAGGACGUGCGCUCCGACACGACGCCGACGGACUGGGCCGUAUUCAAGUUUGAAGCCCAGAAGAUCGUCUGCGCUGCGACCGGCGAGGGCUUCGAGUCGUUCAGGGGCCACUUCGCCGACGACGAGCGGGCGUUCGGCUUCAUUCGCAUCCAGAUGGGCGACGAGAUGAGCAAGAGGCAGAAGUUCGUGUUCCUCACCUGGGUCGGGCCACAGGUCAGCGUGAUCCGGAGAGCGAAGAUGACCAUCGACAAGGGCCUGGUCAAGGACAUUAUCAAGAACUUUGCCGUCGAGCUGCAGGUGGAGACGCAGUCCGAGAUCAACGUGGAGUACAUCCGUGAGCAGCUGGCCCGAGCGGGUGGCGCCAACUACGGCACCGGCUUCAGAGACUAGAAGAGCCGGGCGAGGAGGAGGAGGAGGAGGAGGAGGAGGAGGAGGACCCCUGGCCGGGCCGGGUCGGGCGGCGCACAGCAGCACCCUAUUUAUGACUCACCUCACCACGUUAUGUCGCCGCCCGCGCCCGGAGAGGAGUCCCGCCGCCGAGACGACUCACUUCUGCUCACAGGAGAGGAAAGAGAGAAAGCGAGAGUAACGACAGUGGGAGUGAGAGAGAGAAAGAAAAAGAAAGAGAGGUGUGGAUGGUGGUCCUCAGCCAUCCUCAGAGAGAGGUUUGAUUGGCUCCUCGAGAAAACUAUUUUGUACAUACUUAAAAUUACAUGAUAAAAUGUUGUGAUCAAUUAGCA